UUACUUCUUCUGCAGUAUUUAGGAUCAAAUACAUGCAGGCUUGGUGAGCAGAAGAAAAAAAAGAAAUCUUACUGUGCAAAAAACUUUUGACUGGUAGUUUACAGUUGGUCCCAUGCACAGUUUGAGUAGGUGUGUCCAAGCGGCCUGAAAACAUGCGCGUGUUAAAGCUGGGAGGAGAAUCGAACCCCAGCCAAUAAUAAAGCCUCAGUAGUCUGUUUACAUUUCAGUCGUGUGUUUGCGCGUAAAAACGCGCUCAUCUGACGCUCCGCGGAGCGACGGGCGUUUCACCUCCUCGGGCGAAUGACUUUAAAUAAAGUUUAAGAGUGUAAAGAAAAGCAAGAGUUGCAGGAGCUCGUUCGCACAUGGCUGGAGUCGUCGGUAAGAGCUCCGUGUCGUUCUCCGUGCUCAAGCGCUCGUUCUCGCUGCGCGGCUCGGUGCUCACGGGCGGGCGUCGGCUGGUGACCCGUACUCCUCCUCACCCGCUCCGGACUCACCGACACCCCGCGUCUGUGUGCUUCUCCUGCCAGAACUCCAUGAGCAAGACCCUAAGGACCUGCUACGCGUAUCUGGACCAGACCAGCCGGAGCUUCUCGGCGGUGAUCCAGGCCCUAGACGGAGAGCUACGGCAUGCCGUGUGUAUUUUCUACCUGGUUCUGCGAGCUCUGGACACGGUGGAGGAUGACAUGAGAAUCCCGCUGGAGAAGAAGGUCCCAUUACUACAGGACUUCCACUCGUUCCUCUAUCAGCCCGAAUGGAGCUUCGCAGAGAGCCGAGAGAAAGACCGGCAGGUGCUGGAGGAUUUCCCCACGAUUUCGAUGGAGUUCAGGAAUUUGGGCCAGGAGUAUCAAGAGGUGAUUUCAGACAUCUGUCUCCAGGUGGGUGCGGGAAUGGCCGAAUUCCUGGAGAAGAAGGUGUCUUCCAUGAAGGAAUGGGACAAGUACUGUCAUUACGUGGCGGGUCUGGUGGGGAUAGGCCUGUCCCGUCUGUUCUCGGCGUCCCAGCUGGAGGACCCUGAGGUGGGCCGGGACACAGAGCUGGCCAACUCCAUGGGUCUGUUCCUCCAGAAGACCAACAUCAUCAGGGACUAUCUGGAGGACCAGCAGGAGGGAAGGGCUUUCUGGCCGCAGGAGGCCUGGAGUCAGUUCGCGGCUCGUCUGGAGGAUUUGGCUCAUCCUCAGCACCUGAGCUCCGCUCUGUCCUGCCUCAACCUGCUGGUGACCGAUGCCCUCCAUCACGUCCCAGACGUCAUCGCAUACCUGUCCCGCCUCCGCAACCAGAGCGUCUUCAACUUCUGUGCCAUUCCUCAGGUGAUGGCCAUAGCGACUCUGUCGGCGUGUUACAGCAAUCCUCAGGUGUUUCAGGGGGUGGUGAAGAUCCGGAAGGGUCAAGCUGUGACGCUCAUGAUGCAGGCCACAAACAUGAGCUCCGUUCUGAGCAUCAUCGCACAAUACAGUCAAGAGAUCCUGCAGAAGGUUUCCGUCACAGACCCGUCCCGGGAGAAAACGCUGCAUAUCUUGAGUCUCAUCCGAGAGAAGAGCCUGUCUCCAGCCGCGCUGUCGUCCCGCGCGCACCACAUCUCUCCGGUCUACAUCUCGGCCGUCAUGCUGUUAGCGGCCCUCAGCUGGCAGUAUCUGAACGCCACGGCCGGGCAGCCACCAGGGGGCGCAGACAUGCAGGGACACUGAGACCACACCCAACGACC